CCCGGACUCCAGAUCCAAAGUUUAUUUCCCCGUCUCUUCCGGCACAGGUGCUCCGGGGGACUGAUUGUGAAUUCGGAUCCGGGUCAUCGGUCGGUUUUCGGGUCGGGUUAACGGGUUGUUGAACUGAUCAGACAACUCUCAACAGGUUCAAGUCGACAGACGGCCGGAUGCCUGAACAACAUAGGUAGAGCAAACGACGAUGUCGACGACGUCGCAAGUAAACAAGGUCCCAAAGUCCCUGAAACCCCGACGGCGGCUGUUUCCCCUGCGUCGGCUCCGUCUUCUCGCAUCGCGCAUGUGACGGCAGUUAAUGGGUAGGAUCGGACUGCUCGGCGGCUGAUCCCGCAAAGGGGCGGAGCAGAAGACGCAAAAGGAGGUCAGUUGCCGGGACAACUGGAAAUGGUGUGCUGUUCCCAGUGGAGAUUUUGGAGAUGGCCUCGGUAGCGCAUGGGGAGGAAGUCCAGCUUUUUGACUUUCAGGCCUCGUGUCGUGUCAGCUCCCGGCUGCAAAAGCAAUCGGCUUUGUGGGGACGGCGCUGGAGACACCUCGGGGAUGGCGGCGGUCUGGCAGAUGCCAUCUGUUUCGAUGACAGCCUGACAACUGAUAGCCGGCCGGCCUGUGCGACAUCGAUACGAGGACCGGGAGACAUCAAACGAGACGAAUAAAAUUGUGCAUUAAGUCGUGGAUGGCUGGAACUCCCCUAUCGACCCAAUGGCCUUCUCCCACGAGCUCUCAGACGGGAAAAAGAGGCUGGGACGGGACACCCCCUUGAUAAAUGCAACAGCCAAUUGUCAGACGAAGCUGCUGGUGAUCUGCUCUUCUCCUUGGCUUGCAGCCGAGGAAAGUAAAAGGGAGUUGCUCCCGACCUCCCCAAUUGCGCACACCACGGCCCCAGAGCCCCCACCGCGUCCCCAACCACCUAUCAACGAUGCCGGCACAAGCGUGUGUACGGCGUGGGCGCCCGGUCCUGGCUGGCUAGUCCGUCUCCCGUCAGCCUGUGGGUGUGGUCGGUGGCGCCCUGAGAUGCACGAAGCUGCAGGAGGACGGGGGUGGACCAAUUUCAAUUAGAGACAGCUUUGAUACGACUUCUGUUUGUGUCUUCUCAUCAAUUGAGAGACCAGUUCGAGCCAUUGACGCUCCAGGUCCAUGUUCUGCCCUACAGGAGGCCCGGGCAACCCUCGCCCAUCACCCAGCAAGCGCUCUCUGCUACCCCCGGAUCUGGAGAGGCUGGAGAAGCGCGCCUUUUUCUUUCUGACGUCUCAUCUCCAGGGGUCAACCGCGAUCGAGCUCUGUGCUUUCAGCUCCCAACGAGACAGCUCCUAGCUCGAAAUGGCUGGACGCGUCCCAGCUCCCGGUCACGGCCGAGCAAUCAGAGACAUGCUCGUGGGGCCAUGGCUCCUCCAAAAAGAGGGUCCGCUAUCCCCCAUUGGUGCAGGAUAAACAACUCGCAGGCCUCUUCUCCACAAAAGGUAAACAGAGGGCUUCCAGAGCUGGUUGGAACCACCCCCUGUGGUCACACAUCCUUCUCGUCGUCGACGGUCCCCUGCCAACCGGCCAAGGUCGACGUUCAGAGCCCGGAAGCGCUCCGCCCCAUGCGUAUUUGAACCGCGCUCGCUCGAGCAGCUGUGCCCUCCUGGUCUUGAUCUUCUUUCCUUCCUCAUCCUCCACUCAGAGUCAGCUCAAGUCAUCACCAUCAUCUCCAUCCAUUCCCCGCCCUCCCUUUCAAAGGACUCGAACAGAAACCAGAGCACAGAAGACGGGUCGAUUCACAGACCGCCUUCUCAUCUCCUUUCUUUCGACUUCUUUUCUAGGAAGUUAGCAAGAGAUAUCUUCUUGUCGUACGUCAAGAAGAUUGUUUCUUGCGCCCAGUAAACCGGCAACCUGGACUUUGAAGCCCGCGUCCCGGUCCCUUUCAGCGUCUUCCCGUCUGCCUACAGGGAGUCCGAGACCGCUACCCAGACCAAAACCCACGAGGAGAUCAAGAUCCAAGUUCCCCCAGCUGGACGGAUAGGUCAAGACUCUUCUUUCACCGCCCAAGCCGCUCUCCCUGCCCCCCCGCCCCCCAAGGUCGUCGAGGAGAACCGCUUCAAAGAGGAGGUCCGCAUCACCCGCAAGGAGGAAGAGCACCGCCGUCCCGUCCCCGUCCCCGUCAUCAAGAAGGAAGAGUACCAUUUCCACGAGGAGAUCCGCAGACCUCAACCACCCCCUCCCGCCUCCAACUACCUCGAGUCUCGCAUCGAACUCGACCACCGCCACCGUCCUCACAGCUCCGUCGUCGACCUUGCUGAGAGUGAAUUCCGCGCCCGCACCCAAGCCAACUACCGCAAGGAACCCACCGUUGUAGCCUCCCCCAGCUACGACACCACCGUCGACCUUCCCACCCGUCGCCCGGUCUUCAAGUCCAGCACUUCCAUCGGUGACAAGUUCACUGUCGAGGCUGCUAUCACCCGUCCCGCCAAGAAGGAAUCUCAUUUCCAAGUCACCGACACCACCGUCGACUUCCCCCGCCCCCCUCGCAUUACCGCCCCUAAGAAGGAGGUAAAGCUCUUGGACGACAAGCCCUACACGCCUUCCACCGUUUCCACCACCACCACCAACAACAUGGGUUACUACGAUGAGGACAACCGCUACCACUCCUUCCGCCAGGAGGUUCACAACAAGCUCCACAACAAGUUGCACAAGUUGGCUGACAAGCUCCACCACCAUCAUGAAGGCCACGUCGAGGCUGAGGUCUCUUCCGUCCGCCGCGGCCCCGCUGCCGCCCCUGCCGUUGAGAAGGCUCCCAACACCGUCACCAUCCCCUGCCACCACAUCCGCCUCGGUGACAUCCUGAUCCUCCAGGGCCGCCCCUGCCAGGUCAUCCGCAUCAGCACCUCUGCUGCCACCGGCCAGCACCGCUACCUCGGUGUUGACCUCUUCACCAAGCAGCUCCAUGAGGAGUCCAGCUUCGUCUCCAACCCCGCCCCCAGCGUCGUUGUCCAGACCAUGCUCGGCCCCGUCUUCAAGCAGUACCGCGUCCUUGACAUGCAGGAUGGCGCCAUCGUCGCCAUGACCGAGACCGGUGAUGUCAAGCAGAACCUCCCCGUCAUUGACCAGUCUUCGCUCUGGAACCGCCUCCAGAAGGCUUUCGAGUCUGGCCGUGGCUCCGUCCGCGUCCUCGUCGUCACUGACCACGGCCGCGAGAUGGCUGUUGACAUGAAGGUCGUCCAUGGCUCCCGCCUCUAAGGGGGUUUCACCACCUCUGAAAACCUGUUUUGGAAUUACUUUUUGGCUUAGAUUGUCGCGAUAAAAAAUGGUUUAUCUA